UCUACGCCCCCUGGCUCCUCCGGCUGUGGGUGGUGUCUGGGCGCUGUGUGUGUGUAUGUGUGUUUGUGCGUGUGUGCUUGUGUGUGUGUUUAUUGAGGGGACGUCCAAGUGUGUGGGCUUCUGACUCACAAGGCGGUGAGCGUGUAAGCCCAGCCGCCCUCUCCCACGCGGAGUCCGAAACAAGCCAACCAGUCAGUUCUUAUUCCUGUUGGGUGUUUUCAUGCUCUACCAUGUUGAGGGCUAAGAAUCGACUUUUUUUAUUUUUCCCUCAUUACCUGAAGAAGGUAAAAGAAUCAUUGGGCUCCAGGCUCAUAUGGCAACGACUUCUACACCAGCAACAACCACUUCAUCCAGAAUGGGCUGCCCUGGCUAAAAAGCAGCUGAAAGGCAAAAAUCCAGAAGACCUAAUAUGGCACACCCCAGAAGGGAUCUCUAUAAAGCCUUUAUAUUCCAGGAGGGAUACUAAGGACUUAGCAGAAGAACUCCCUGGAGUGAAGCCAUUCACACGGGGACCAUAUCCCACUAUGUAUACCUUUAGGCCCUGGACCAUACGCCAGUAUGCUGGCUUUAGUACUGUGGAAGAGAGCAAUAAGUUCUAUAAAGACAAUAUUAAAGCUGGUCAGCAGGGAUUAUCUGUCGCCUUUGAUCUAGCAACACACCGUGGCUAUGAUUCAGACAACCCUCGAGUUCGUGGUGAUGUUGGAAUGGCUGGAGUUGCUAUUGACACUGUGGAAGAUACCAAAAUUCUUUUCGAUGGAAUUCCUUUAGAAAAAAUGUCAGUUUCCAUGACCAUGAAUGGAGCAGUUAUUCCAGUUCUUGCAAAUUUUAUAGUAACUGGAGAAGAACAAGGCGUACCUAAGGAGAAACUUACUGGUACCAUCCAAAAUGAUAUACUAAAGGAAUUUAUGGUCAGAAAUACGUAUAUAUUUCCUCCAGAACCAUCCAUGAAAAUUAUUGCUGACAUCUUCCAAUAUACAGCAAAGCACAUGCCAAAAUUUAAUUCAAUUUCAAUUAGUGGAUACCAUAUGCAGGAAGCAGGGGCUGAUGCCAUUCUGGAACUGGCCUACACUAUAGCAGAUGGAUUGGAGUACACUAGAACAGGACUCCAGGCUGGACUGACAGUUGAUGAAUUUGCACCACGGUUGUCUUUCUUCUGGGGAAUUGGGAUGAACUUCUAUAUGGAAAUAGCAAAGAUGAGAGCUGGAAGAAGACUCUGGGCUCACUUAAUAGAGAAAAUGUUUCAGCCUAAAAACUCUAAAUCUCUUCUUCUAAGAGCACAUUGUCAGACUUCAGGAUGGUCACUUACUGAGCAGGAUCCCUACAAUAACAUUGUCCGUACUGCAAUAGAAGCAAUGGCAGCAGUAUUUGGAGGGACUCAGUCAUUGCACACAAAUUCUUUCGAUGAAGCUUUGGGUUUGCCUACUGUGAAAAGUGCUCGAAUUGCCAGGAACACACAAAUCAUCAUUCAGGAAGAAUCCGGGAUUCCUAAAGUGGCUGAUCCUUGGGGAGGGUCAUAUAUGAUGGAAUCACUCACAAAUGAUGUUUAUGAUGCUGCCUUGAAGCUUAUUAACGAAGUAGAAGAAAUGGGUGGAAUGGCCAAAGCUGUCGCUGAAGGAAUACCUAAACUUCGAAUUGAAGAAUGUGCUGCCCGAAGACAAGCUAGAAUAGAUUCUGGUUCUGAAGUAAUCGUUGGAGUAAAUAAGUACCAGUUGGAAAAAGAAGAUUCUGUAGAAGUUCUGGCAAUUGAUAAUACUUCAGUGCGCAACAAGCAGAUUGAAAAACUUAAGAAGAUCAAAUCCAGCAGGGAUGAAGUGUUGGCAGAACGGUGUCUUGCUGCACUGACUGAAUGUGCUGCCAGUGGAGAUGGAAAUAUUCUGGCUCUGGCUGUGGAUGCAGCUCGUGCGAGAUGUACAGUGGGAGAAAUCACAGAUGCCCUGAAAAAGGUCUUUGGCGAACAUAAAGCAAACGAUCGUAUGGUGAGUGGAGCUUAUCGCCAGGAAUUUGGAGAAAGUGGAGAGAUAACAUCUGCUAUUAAGAGGGUUCAUAAAUUCAUGGAUCGUGAAGGUCGCAGACCUCGUCUCCUUGUAGCAAAAAUGGGACAAGAUGGCCAUGACAGAGGAGCAAAAGUUAUCGCAACAGGAUUUGCUGAUCUUGGUUUUGAUGUGGACAUAGGCCCUCUUUUUCAGACACCUCGUGAAGUGGCCCAGCAGGCUGUGGACGCAGAUGUGCAUGUGGUGGGUGUGAGCACACUCGCUGCUGGCCAUAAAACCCUCGUUCCCGAACUCAUCAAAGAACUGAGCACCCUUGGACGGCCAGAUAUUCUUGUCAUGUGUGGAGGGGUGAUACCACCACAGGAUUAUGAAUUUCUAUAUGAAGUUGGUGUUUCCAAUGUAUUUGGUCCUGGGACGCGAAUUCCAAAGGCUGCUGUUGAAGUGCUUGAUGAUAUUGAAAAGUGUUUGGAAAAGAAACAGCAAUCUGUAUAAAGUCCUGUUUGUACUUUAGUUUUUUUCUAAUAUAAUUCUUUCAGUUAUGAUCAACUUAAUUUCAACAGCUGAUAUGUACUUCCUGUGAAAGCUUUAUGUUAAAAUACCUUAUAGAGUGGCACCUGUGGCUCAAAGGAGUAGGGUGCCAGUCCAUAUGCUGAAGUUGGCAGGUUCAAACCAAAAACUGAAAAACAGCCCCAGCCAAAAACUGAAAAACAAACAAACAAAAAAACCUUAUAAGCAUGUUGUCAUGUUAUAUGUGUAGGUAGAUGUGUAGUUUCACUUUAAUAAUUAAAAAUUCCUAAAAACCUUCUGUAUUAAUACUUUAUCAGAAAUUCUAGACAAAUGUAUUAUUUUUAAAAAUCAUGAUGUAACAUUUAUUAGAAACAUUUCUUAUAAAUCUAAUUACUUUUUAUUUUAAGAAUUACACUCUACCUAAAAACAUAUGACUAGUCCCAUUCUUCAGUUCAACAUUACAUUAACUUUAAUACCAGAAAAUAAAAUCUCUAUAUUAAUAAAAUGAAACACUUGUCUUGAAAAAAUAGUAGUGGAUAUUCAUGUGGAGAAAUAGAUUAUGGUUGUGGUCCUCAGCCAUUUCUACCAAAAUCACCUUAUACGAGAGUAUUAAGUCAAACACAGCAGCUGGGGGUAGGGAGGAAUUGGCAGCGUCUUUCUUCAUGUCUGAUUGUGCUUUUUCCCUGAGCGUGACCUUGUUUGUUAUUGCCAGGCUUGGCUCAAGACCCAGGAGAGUGGAUGUUGAUGAACAUUCCCUUAAAGUGUUUAGGUGGUUAUUAUGCUUUGUCCAAAAUGAUGAUGUUAGUCAUGAGUAUGCACAGGUGAUAUAAGAAGAACUGAACUUUCCAGAUCCAGAAAGAUGCUACCUUGCAUAGAUUUGCUCAUGAAAGUAAAAAUUGCACAAAGAACACCUGUACUUUGUUUGCUGAACAAUUUGCUCCUUAAAGAAGGGAAAUUAUCCUUUCUUCUUAACAUGAUCCGUUAAGUAAAUAUAAAAUGUGUAACAGUGAUUGUUUUGUAAUGAAUAUCUAUUUUAUUUUUUUAGAUCAGAGAACAAUUUUUUGGAAGUUGUUGCAAGAUUUAUAUAUGGCUGUAAAAUUUGAAAGCUACAUUGUAAUACAAAUACUUAAAAUUUAGAACAUGAUCAUGUGUUAGAAUACUAUUAAGUAAUGGCCAGGGUUUCCAUUUUACAGAUGAGCAAUUGUACUUCAGGUCCAGUGAUAUACACACUAUGCCAUUUUAUUGCCAUUUUCUAAUAAAGAUUGCAUAUUAA